AGCAGAGAGCAGCAGAGAGGAGCGUCACCCUCCUACGGGUCGGAAUCGAUAUUUUUAGCGUCUGCUUCGUGUUGCAGCAGCGUCAGAAGCUGCUUCUCCUCUUCGGUCCUCAGUGCGACAGGAGGGCUACGUGACACCACCGCACAGACCGAGCGUGGAGGAUAGAGGGGAGAGAAAACAGAGCAGAGACUUCCCAACAUCAGCUCAUUAUCACCGUCCCCCUCUCACAUGGCCAGUCCCGAGCAGAGCCACCCCGAGCCAGCCUGCCUGGAGGCGCAGAAAUGGAUAGAGGCUGUAACAGGGAAGAGCUUUGGAAACAAAGACUUCCGCAGUGCGCUGGAAAACGGCAUCCUGUUAUGCGAGCUGCUGAGUGCAAUAAAACCAGGACUGGUCAAGAAGAUCAACAGACUGCCCACCCCCAUCGCUGGGCUGGAUAACCUGUCAGUCUUCCUACGAGGAUGUGAGGAGUUAGGCUUGAAGGGCUCCCAGCUGUUUGACCCUGGAGAUUUACAGGACACUUCCAUACGAGCUAAUUUCAAGGACUCUGACUGCACCCGCAAACUAAAAAAUGUGCUGAACACUGUUUUCUGGCUGGGAAAAGCUGCCAGUGGCUGUGCCUCCUACAGUGGACCUAAUCUAAACCUCAGAGAGUUUGAAGGGCUUCUUGCACAAAUGAGGCUGGAUAGCGAUGAUUGUGGUGACAGCUCCCAAAAACGCAGCGUCCGAGACAGCGGCUACGACUGCUGGGACUCGGAGAGGAGCGAAUCUCUGUCUCCGCCACGGCAUACUAGGGACAACUCCCUGGACAGUCUGGAUUCGUUUGGUUCACGCUCCCAGCACAGUCCCUCUCCUGAUGUUGUGAAUCGAGGCAACAGUGAUGGACGAGGCAGCGACUCGGAGGCUGAUGCUCCCAGCAGGAAACCAGAUGUGCGGAAAGAUGACAUGUUGGCCAGAAGAACAGCCAGCAGUGAAUCCCGAUGCCCAGUCCCCUUUAACCAGUUCCUUCCGAAUCGAACCAACGCCAGUUGUUAUAUCCCGGCACCACGACGGAAACAAAACGUUGAAGAGGGAGAGCAACGGAGUCACCUUCAAACCACACCAGAACAGUUCAAAAGAACGGGAAUGCACCACAAAACCCCCAAGAUGGUGACUUGGGCACCGGAAAACAAAGGUGAACAAGUAAAACAGGGAGCGGACUUGGAGGUUUUGGAGGAGAGGAGGUUGGAGAAGUUGAAGAAGGCAGGAAUCAGAGUCCUUCCUGCUGCUGCUCGUUACAACAGCACUCCCAUAAUGGAGGAACAGGAAGUGAGGUCACCAUCUCCACCAAACAUUAUUAUUCGCUCGGAAAACGAAUUUUUGAGCUCUCACAAUUCGGCCUGCGACUCCUCCUCUGAGGGGGAGCAGGAACCGGAGGGGCGGAAGGUUCCUGAUGUUCAUAGGGAUGACUUAGCGUCCCGACGAGUUCACCGGAGCCCAGCUAACUCCAGGGUUCACCAGUUCGUCCCGCCUCCUGUGUGCACCAACAAGGACAGAGAGCGCUGGGAAGGCAUCAGGCGAGCUUCACAGCAAACCCUGCAGGAGAAGGAGCUCAGUGAGAAGGAAGCAGUCUCUGACAUCAUAACUCGUAAAGAGAAUCCCUUCCUGAAGGUAGAUCGGGAUGAGGAAGAAGAAGAGGGGAAAGAUGAGGCAGUGCCUAACAGGCAGAGGGAUGACCUGGCUCGUAGACGGGGCCAGAUUAGGCCCCUCCCUCAGAAGGACGGACCAAUCAGCUUUGUUUCAUCCUCCAUGAGCCAAGCUGAUAUGCAGAAAUGGGAGAGACUGAGGAUGACUGAACCAAGUGAGGAUAGGCCAGCCCCUGUGUGUCAAGCUUGUCUGCAGAAAACUUAUGGAAGACCUGUCAGCGGAUCAGCUAAAGCUGGACGAGGUCACAGCAGAGUAGUGACCUUUGGGGGCGUGACUGAGAUCGAGCAGCCGACAGACAAAGUCAUGUCGGGAGGAGGGGAGGAGACGGAGUUGCUUAGACGACUCCCUUCCAAGGCAACAGUAGCCAUGCCUACCACUGGCCUGGCCUCCCAGCUUUCAGAGCGGGAAUGCAGCGGUCUCAUGGAUGGACCUGUUCCCAGUCUAGCCACCCCUCCCUCUGUGGAUCUCCAAACCUGGACCACAAAGUCCUCCCCUACUCCUGCUGAGAUAGACGCUCGUUUUGCUCAGUACAAGCAGAGAGCUGAAGAAGAGGAGGAGGAGGAAGAAGAGGACAGGAUCCCUGAUCUUCAGAAAGAUGAUAUGAUGGCCAGGAGGACGGGGAUAUUCCAGAAACAAACAACCGGACCAGCAGGUUACAACCGUUUCCUGCCUUUGCCUGGCUCAAAGUGGUGCAGCCGAGGAGAGGCUACUGCUGCUGCUUCUUUUAACAAAAAGGAAGCACAGGCAGAAAAAAGCGAGGAGCUCAGCACCAGACUUCUCUACCUUAGAGUGGAUAACCAGCAUCUCAGAGUUUCCCAAGAAAUGCCUCAACACCAAAAUGACCCUACGGUGAUCAGAGCAACGUCUCAAACAGAAAGUGAAGACGAAGACGAGCAUGAUGCAAUGGAUCAUGGCCCUGACCCAGAGAAAGAUGACAUGAUGGCUCGAAGAACCAGAUUGUUACAGAAACCAGGUGUGAUCAGAGGAAAUCCCUGCUGCAAUCAGUUCCUUCCGGUCCCUGGAUCGGUCAAAUGCAACAUCAGCUCAGUGUCUGCAGGGAAGCAGUCAUGCAGCGGGUCUAAACUCACAGAAAACACAGACAGAGAAAGCAGCGUUGUUACCAUGGCAGCAGAACAUGAAGCCUCGCCCUUCAAAGCCCCAACCAGCCUGAGGUGUCCUGGGUUGAUAGGGAAGGAAAAGCUAGAAAAGAGAGAAACUGUGAUGGUCCAUAAUGCUGCUGUGAGCGAAGUGACUGAACCAUCAUUAUCAUCCUCCUCCUCUUCACUCACACCUCCUCCCAGCAUUCCCUCGACUCAAAUCUGUAAAGCAGAGGAAGAGUUGGAGGCUGGAAGAGAGGAGGAGAAAAACAGUGAUGGGAAUCUGGAAGUGGAAAAGAAACCAUCUUGGACAGAGGAUGAUCUUCCUCCAAUGAUGGUGAGCCGACGUGUUGCUUUUCUGUUAGACAUUGAGAGUGUGAGUAUGGGUGACAUGGCCAGUGAAGAAGAGGUGGGACAUUUACCUUCGCUGAGCCCGUCACGGCCUGAGCGCAUGCAUCAACAAUGUAACGCUUUUUUGGAAGAGGAGGACCACUGGCAGGAUGACCUGGCUCGCUGGAAGAGUCGCCGUCGCAGUGCAUCACAGGAGCUGAUUAAAAAAGAAGAGGAAAGGAAGAGAAUAGAGAAGAGGAUGAAGGAGGAUGGAUCAGACAGCAAUAAGAGGAAGAGCAUUAAGACCUACAAGGAGAUUGUAGAGGAAAAAGAACGUAGAGAAGCCGAACUGUGCAAAGCCUACAGAAAUGCAGCGAGUCCAGAGGAGGCAGCUUUGGUUUUGCAGCGUUAUGCUCUUCGUUUCACCAUCAGCGACGCAACACUGGACAGCCUGAAGCUACCCAGAAGCACCAACAAACCCAAUAAGGACCGAAACCAGACAGAGCUGGAACACAAACCAGCAUCAGAUGUAGAUAACUCAGAGACACUGAACCAUACAACCACACUGGAAUCAGAGGUUUUAAUAAAACAGGAGCCCUCGUUAGCUGCCGACGUAAACACAGAGGGUACACAUGAAAAAGAGAAACUUGGUGUCAUCAACACCAGUUGUUUGACACCAGAGACCAACUCACUAAUAGAGAAGCCUCAAUCAGAACCACUUCCUGAUCCACCUUCCCAUAUGACAGAGCCACAGCCUGAGCCUCAAAAACCGUCGGACACAGCAGCACCGCAGCCACAGUAUGAGUGUGCUCCGCCUCAACCUGCACAACCCAAUCAGAUUCUCCCCUCUCCUCUGUCUGCACCUUCCAGACCCCUCCCCCUGCUGGUAGCAAAGCCCUACUGCCCGCCCAAGAGCUCUCCCUUUGGACACAAACCUGUCCAGGUCGAAACGAUGGACGAACCGGUGCGGGUAAACGGAGAAACGACAGAGGAUUUCCCGUCCCCUCAGGACUCACUACAGGAAGACAAAGAUGUUUCCUGCAAACAGACAGAACAAUCCGAUCCUCCAGAAGAGACUGUGGAAAGUCCAAAGACUGCAGAGCAGCCGGAACCUCUGCAGAAGGAACAGUCAGCCCCAUCCUCAGGCUCCGCCAUCAGCUCCCUGAUAGCAGGAAGAAACUGUAUCAUCAGAACCACAAUUGUGACAGAGCUUACAAAGACCCAUGUGGAACCGCUUAACUCAGAGGUCCAGAACAGCGGACAGGAUGGGACUAUUGAACACUUGGAGACGCCAGCAGAGGAAGAGAAGGUUGAACCUGCACAAUCACCCACCAGCAUGCACGAAUAUUCUCCCGCUGUGUCAGAGGGGCUAGAGGAGAGCAGUGUGACCAUUGAGACCCCCAUGUUGAACUUGGCUAAACGUGUUAAUCACUGGGUCUGGGACCCCAAUGAGGAGCGUAAGCGCUUGGAAAGGUGGCAGCAGGAGCAGGAGCGCCUCCUAAAGGAGCAAUACCAGAAAGAACAAGAGAAGCUAAAGAAAGAGUGGGAAAAGGCCCAGCUGGAGGUGGAGGAGGAGGAGAGAAAACACAACGAAGAGGAAAGACGAAUUCUAGAAGAGACUGUUGCACCUCUCAGUCCCUCUGCCUUGAUGCAGAAGUGGUCAGAAAACACAACUUCUUAUGCAGAAGAAAACAACAACACGGCAGACGGAGAAAAUGUGUCUCUGCAGCAAAAUGGACAGAAAAUCCCAUCAGGAAGUCAGGAUCAACAUUCAUCCAAGCUGCAUUUUUUCCAGGACUCUGGAUUUGAAGAUCAGGCUCCAAAGAAACAGGAAAUGUGGAAGACGGCAUCUCUGGACCGCGGCCCUCAGCUGAACCAGACACAAGCUGUUAGGAGAUCAGGAUCACAUGAUGCUGUAACGAGUAACCGGGACCUCUCUCCUUCAUCGGCCCAGCCUCCGUCACACAGCAGGUGCGUCAGUGGGAAGCGACUCUGUUCUGGAUGUUCAAAACCUCUGGGAAGAGGAGCUGCUAUGAUCAUCGACACUUUGGGGCUGUUUUUCCACAUGCACUGUUUUAAGUGUGGAGUAUGCAAAGGACAGCUGGGUGAUGCCACGGCAGGGACUGACGUCAGGAUUCGAAAUGGACUGUUGAGCUGCUAUGAGUGCUACAUUGCAUCUAGAGGCAGAGGUCAGCCCACUCCUCUAUAAGACGGGAAUAAUUAAAAGGAACUACAACAUUGGAGGCAUUGAUGGAAUAAACAGCAGCUCUGUAACCACGAGUCUGGCUGUUUGGGAAAAGCCCUGGAAUCUCUGGAUUAUUCUGUUUAUAACAUGAAUUGCACAAAAUCAACUGACUAUUUGUUUUGUUAUUGUUUUUUUUUUUUUUUUACUGGAACUGGACUGACGGUGUUGACAAAGUACUCUUGAUGUACUUCUCAACUGCCCACAUGUAAUCACCUGUUUUUAAUGUGAGUGGAAUGGAUGCAGACAUGAAGAAACACAGCUUGUACAUCCAUGACUGAACUUUCCUUUGUCACACUGUAAACCCUUAAACUGGAAUCUAAAUGAAGGCCCUUUAACACCUUCCUAUAUGGAUUGAUCAUGUGACUCCCAUUUUUAAAAUGUGAUGCAAAGUGAGUUAGGUUGAAUAACCUAAAGUAGCCUGACUAUUCUUAAACCUUACUAUAACUUUUAACAUUAUUUUCAUCAUUUUGGUUGUGUGUUUACAGUUCUGCAUGAAGAAAACAUAAGUUAUUGUGUUGUUUGCUAAGGAGGGUGAUACUCUAGUUUUAUUUCAAAGUUUAUGAACCUUAUAAACUUUUGCAAACAUGUCUUCAUAUUUCUUUUUACGAGAAUGGGUCUGCAUGUUAUUAAUUAAUAUAUACUUAAAGUGUUUUCUGUUUUGAUGUUUUAGCUUUUCGUUCUUCUCAUACUGCUUUUGAAUCAGUGCCUUAUGUAUGUAAUGAAUGCAACAUUGAGGUGUUUUACGCUCAGUUUGACCUUUGGGUCAAGGCACAAUGUGUGUUUGAGUGCGUGCAUGUCUGAAUGUAGUGUGCGAUUAAAUCAAACUAUUUCAUACCAGCAAAUGUCUGAUUAACACAAAUUUUCCCCUCAGUAAACCACUCUAUACCUACUAAGCCAGUAACAUAAAGUUUAUUGUUGUUAGAUGACAAAUCCAAUUAUCCUAAAGCCUCUCCUUCUUUGCCUCCAUCACUAUAGCGCUGCUUCCCUACUGAUUCCUUCCUCUGUCUCAGCUUGGUGUAAACACCUCACAGCCAUGUUACCCCUCUGAGGAACAGAGCUCUGAUUGUCUUUUAUAAAAACUGUAUGUUUAUCAAUAAAACAAUGGAAUCGGAUGCGGGUGUUUAUUUCC